UUAGGAGAAGGAGGAGGUGGUGAGUGGUAGUGGUAUGGAGGAUGUGGUUUAGGAGGUUUAGGAGAAGGAGGAGGUGGUGAGUGAUAGUGGUAUGGAGGAUGUGGUUUUGGAGAAGGAGGAGGUGGUGAGUGGUAGUGGUAUGGAGGAUGUGGUUUUGGAGAAGGAGGAGGUGGUGAGUGGUAGUGGUAUGGAGGAUGUGGUUUUGGAGAAGGAGGAGGUGGAGACUUGUAGUAGUAAUGAGGAGGCGGCGGAGGGGAUGAGUAACGGUAGUGUGCAGAGGUUUCUGUAGGCAAGCUGAAGAAAGAGACUGCCAACACUAGAAGAGUAGCAAACACAGAGGCCAUUGAAGACCCCAUCUUUACUUCAAAGUGGGUUUUGGGUCUGCCCUUGGCCUUUGCUCUAAACUCUUUAUAUAGAUUUGGUCUUUACCUUCCCAUGAUUAAGUUAAUCAAGGUAAAAAAAAAAA